AUGUCUAUAUUCUCAUCAAAACUUCUAUGUCACUCAAGACAACCUCAUGAUCAAUACAGUCACCAAAAGCUGAUGAAAGAAGAUGAUGACGAAAACGAGGAGCUUCACCAAUACCGCCCAGCACUAAGCCUUAUACCAUGGACAUGGUGGUGCCUACUAAACGCCGGACUCCUCCUCCUUGCGUUCCUUGCUAUCCGGAAAGUAGCGACUCCACCACCUACAAGCCUCCACGACUUGACCUUAACAGACGACAACAAAUCGUUCCCGUCCGGGCAGUUGACUUGGUCGCAGAAGUUUACUCCAUUGCCUUGCGGCAAGUCUCCAACCGAAGCAUUGGCGCGAGGCUGCCACUUUGAUAUCAUUGCCACCGCAUGGCUUCCCCCGAAGUGUAUCGACUAUGAAUUAGUGUCCGAAUUCAUAGCCUCGUACCAGUGGCAAUAUUUUCCGAGUGCAAAUGGCACGGAUCCGUACUUGGAUGAUCCUGAUACGCUGGGAUCUCAGACGGGGCUCAUCUGGACGACCCACCGCUGGCAUUACGCGCACUGUCUGUUUAUGUGGAAGAAGCUGAAUAGGGCGUUAGUACGGGGUCGCAUGACGGAUGGGGAAACAAUUAAGUUGGGACAUACUGAGCAUUGUUCUACGACGAUUUUGAAGAUGAAAGAUCCGGAUGUUAUUGGGAGUAUUGUGGAGGUUAUUUACCCACCGUGUUGA